GAAACUACCAGUUCGCGGAUCUCCCCUUAACAACCAAUAAACUUCUACCACCCGGCGUCGAAUACAACAAAUUCCUACUGUCCUGGCGACCCUGAACACACACUGAGCUCUCCAUGGGUCCAACAGUAAACCCACCCAGCCCUGCACGCCGCCUUCCUGUCAAUGGACACGGAAGGGCUCGUUCGCGCGACCCCACGAAACAUGUAACCAGAACCUCGUCUCCUGGGCCAGAGCGAUGACAUCACGCCGCCCUCCUUUCUAGCAUCGCGAGACUCUCUUCUCCCUCCCCCGCAGUUCCCUGCGCUCCCAACCUCCCGGGCCUGCUGCCAGGCAGCGGCUGGGAUGGCGAGCCGCGCCGCUGAGGCGGUGACGAUAGCAGCGGUUCCGCCAUUGGAUGAAGAGGCUUGAGGGACGGGCCGGCUUGGUGAACAAGGAGAGAUCGAGGCAGGUGGCCCGGAGGGAGCAAGGGCAAUGGAGGCCAACAUGCCGAAGCGGAAGGAGCUUGGCAAGUCCCUCCGCAUCAAAGUCAUCUCGAUGGGCAACGCCGAAGUGGGAAAAAGCUGUAUUAUAAAGCGAUACUGUGAGAAAAGAUUUGUAUCUAAAUACCUGGCAACAAUUGGAAUUGACUACGGAGUCACAAAGGUUCAAGUCAGAGACAGAGAAGUCAAAGUUAACAUCUUUGAUAUGGCUGGACAUCCCUUCUUCUACGAGGUUCGCAAUGAGUUUUACAAGGACACGCAGGGCGUGAUACUGGUUUAUGAUGUUGGGCAGAAAGACUCCUUUGACGCUCUUGAUGCGUGGCUGGCAGAAAUGAAGCAAGAGCUUGGACCUCAUGGAAACAUGGAAAACAUUAUAUUUGUAGUGUGUGCCAACAAGAUUGAUUGUACCAAGCACCGCUGUGUAGAUGAAAGUGAAGGGCGUCUUUGGGCUGAAAGCAAAGGGUUCCUGUACUUUGAAACUUCAGCACAAACUGGAGAAGGAAUCAAUGAGAUGUUCCAGACCUUUUAUGUAUCCAUAGUUGAUUUAUGUGAAAAUGGUGGGAAACGUCCUAUCACAAACAGCAGUGCUAGUUUCACCAAAGAACAAGCAGACACCAUUCGCAGAAUUCGAAAUAGCAAAGAUAGUUGGGACAUGUUGGGAGUCAAACCUGGGGCCUCAAGGGAUGAAGUCAACAAAGCGUACCGGAAGCUGGCUGUGCUUCUUCACCCAGACAAAUGCGUAGCACCCGGUAGCGAAGAUGCCUUCAAAGCAGUUGUGAAUGCCCGGACAGCCCUCCUGAAAAACAUCAAGUAGGAAGUAGAGAAAAAGACAAAUGUGAGACUCAAGUGCAAACAGACUGUCCGCAGAGGUGAAAUAACCAACGUGGAUUUUGCCUCCACAAAAAUCUUACCGCUUUUUUCAUUCAUGUGUUAUCAUUUGCAAAUCAAUAAUUCAGGUGCCCAUUACCAUUUCCUAGAUAUUUUACAGAGAGAUGCUCUACAUUUGUGUGAAGUGAAGAGAACCAAGCUUCACUAUACUUAUUCAUUUAAUACUUCUAGAUAAUCUAUAUGUUUUUUUUUUUUCUCAUUCAUUCGUAAGCUCUGUAAUUAGGCAAUUUUCUCAAGAAAGUUCAGAAGGUUUCUGGAGGGGAAAAAACUCUUUCACCAUUUUUUUUUUUUAAUUAUCAGAGAAGAAGACAACAAAAAUGGAAGCAGACAAUAUCAAAAUUCCUGCAAGUUUGUAGUGUGACCUCACAAGCAAGUUAUUUCUUUUACAAUGAGUUCCUUAGGUGGUACUAUAGCCACUGAUCUGUAAUUAGUAAACUCUUGGCAGCCCUUUGGAAGUUUGUAAUUCAGUUCUGAAGUGAACCACCCUUUUAUGACAGCCACUCUGUUCCCUUCUCCAACCACCAGGGGGAGAGACAGGCCAGGCCACCACCAGGAGAGAAAAGGCAAUGGCAGCCACAGAUUCUGGGUAGGUGGGUUGCUGCUAGUCCUGCCCCUGGAUAUAGACAUUCCUCUACCUGGGGAAACGGUUGCUGGGAGCAGUAGGGAGCACUGUGCACCUAGGAAACAGGACUCAGACCCCGAGACAGAAGUACUGCAGGCACACCUAGGGAUUAAGCACACAUCCCCAGAGGGAAAGGCCAGCCUGGUUCAGGGCCGUUUGAGGCACUGGGCAAGUCACCAUACAAGGCUUAUACUUUCUCUUAUUUCUCCAUCAGUUGCCACAGACACGUGGGAAAGGCAGGGCUGCCCCUCAACAAGCUGGGCCUCUGUCCUCGCUUCUUCAUCAGUGGUGGUUCUCUCUUUUUUCCUUCUUCUUCCUUUCCCCAGUUGUUUGUGUUUGUGUGUUUGUUUUUAUACCCCACACCUGCCGUCAUUUUCUCUCUUCUUGAAUCCCUGGCUUCCGGCCACUGCCUGUUUUGUCCUCCCUUGUGAACCUUGACCUGGGCCUGGUUAACCAGAGACACAUAGACCCUUUGGGUGGUGGUGGAGGGAGAGAGCUGAAGGCAUGGGUGGGGAGGAAUCUGUGUAGUUUUUGCUUGGGUUCAAAAGUUCUGAAUAGUAAUAUUUUUAAACUACAGAUUAUUAAAACUAAUUUCACAUAGAGCAGUAACAUUCUCUUGCAAUAGUUUCCUGUUUGGUACACAAGAGAUGGGCAAAUACCAGGUAUUAGGACUGAAUUUUUUUACAUUGCUUAUAGAACCAGUCUCACUACUUGACUCAUUAUAUCAUCACUCUCGUUACAUACUCAUAUUUGUAGUUACAUUCACUGGGGCUUUAACAUACAUGAAACGUUACUGUCCUGUGAAUUGUAAACAGCUAUCCCAUAUUGAUCAACAAAUAGCAUCUUCCUUACCACCUAAGGAGAAAAGCCACUUUCACAUAAUCCAAGCCCACACAUUCUUCUGGACUUUGUCCCUCUCCAGAGCAGCUUCACUUUGUGUGGCCAUACUCUGGCUGCGUUGCAUGUACUGUUUUCAGUAAACCAGAACAUUGUGGGUUAAGUCUGAGUUUUCAUCUUGGUGAUACUGAAAAUACUUUUUUUAUGACUUGGGAUCUGAUACAUGAUUUAUUGUGGGAUUUUCCUCUGGCCUUUGAGCUAGCUUCUGGGACUGCAGCACUCCAAACUACUUGUUACAAAGUCCUUCUAGACCUAGCUUUUGCUUGAGGCUCUCAUUAUGCCUAAAGCAAUCAAACAGAUCUGACUCUUGCGACAGAACUUAGAAGUCUGAUGAAUGAGGAGAUCGUGCACGGCAGUGUCAGCCCAGACUGGCCUGACAGCGCACUGAGUAGAUGGCCCUGUGCAGAAAGCUGGUACAGUUUUUAUCACUGUUAUACUAGAUCAGUCUCCUCAUCCAAGUUACAUUGUGCAGAUGAGCAAUCAUAGCAGAGUUCUUUAGUGCUUCCAUUCAUAUCCUUGUAUCAUAAGGAUAUGACUUGUUGAAAUUUAGAUCUUUAUUCUUGGGUCUUAGGACUUAGUUUCCAACACCUUCAUUAUUGACAGUAAGGAUGGCCAUAAACUGCUUCAUUUAUGUAAAAGGAAGAAAAUAAGAAAGCUAAGCUAUAGGGCCCUAGAAUUUUUCUGUUGUCAAUAAUCCUUGAGCAGAUCAUUGAAAUAAUAAAGCAUGAUUUGCAAUGAAAAGUUUUUUGGGUACUAACUUCAUGCAAAACUUCAUAGACUUCUAUGCAUUAAUUUAAAUUCUCGAUGCAGACAUGUACCCUGUAGUUCAAGCUUAUUAAAAUUCUUCAGCCAGUUGGGGUUUCAGAAUACAUCCCUGAGAGGAACAGUUAGCAGAAUAAUAUUAGUGGUCAAAAUUUUUUGUUAGAGAAUCUUGUUUUUCAAAAAAAGAAGAAAAAGUUUGAAUAGCUAUUAUUCAAGAAAAGCCAUUUCUUCCCCAUCUGAGUCACCAAGAAGUAACACUUUUUAAACUUGUUAGAAAUCCCAGGAAGCAUUUUAAAUUAAUCGACCAACCUACUUAAGCACUUUAAAAUACACCCUCCUAUUGUUCCUCUGUUCCCCCUUUUAUGCCUCCUUUUGAAUUAAUAUUCUCAUUGCAAUUUAACUGUCAAUGUUUCUUCUACUUCAGCAUUGUUGUUUCAUUGUUUUACAUGAAUGUGUCCUUGGUUUUGUUAACCUGUUCAUUUGGAAGUUCAGACUUGGGGUCAUUGUGCUGCUACCCAAGAUAAAUCUCUAUAAUUCUAUAAAUUACACAUUAUUUGUUAAGGCUUACAUUUACCUCAGGAAAUUUACUCUAGUAAGUUCUCAUAUAUUUCAUUCUCAACUAGUAAAUGUUUCUUUAGACCUAUAAACUAGCUCCUAGUUCACUGUUAGUUAAAUGAGCCAUAGAUAAGGCAGGUCAAUUUCUGAAAGAAAGCCAGGGUAAGAAUGCAGCUCCUGUAAGCUCUGAAUCAGUAGUGAAGUCGCUGUUCCUCAGGGAACAAUGACUAAAUCAAGAGAGGGAGGGAGGUAUUUCAGUCUCUAGUCAAAAAGGGUAGAGCUGUAGCUGUGUGCACAUUAUCUCUAACAAUGCCCUUCUUACAAGUAACUCAGUAGGCACUGCAAAGUCAUUUCCUUCUCUACUGUACACACUUCAGUUCACUCUGAGUCUGCCAACGUUUUUGCAAAACUUUUGAAAAUGAAUUUAGCUGCGAAACAUAGCCAAGCACCUUCCAUUGCAAGUUUUGCAAAGUGAAGAGAGAUUUGUACUUAUCAUAAGUGGUAUUCAGUACAGUUGUAAAACACAGUUAAUGCUGUUUGUACAUUGGUUCUUCCAUGAAACAUUUAUAGAGAAGAAAAAAUUUAAACUUGUAAUGUGGGUAAGUUAGAUUGUGUCUAAAAAGCAGUGCAAUAUGUAGCUGUGCAAUAAAGGCCCUGUUGGUGAAAAGACUUUUGUUGAAAAGCUGGAUGGUUUUAUAAGCCUCCUGCAUCGAUUGCUCUCCAGGGAUUCUUCCCCCUUUUGACUGUGAAUGCAGAGUCUGUAACUAAACCCUUUGCUCUUAGAAAGUAAUUUACGUAUUUGCUUUCUGUUGAAAUAACUGAAAAUGUUAAAUCUACCAAUUGUUUGUCUUGUAUAGAGAGUGUCAUAUGUAUUUAAGUCGUGUAUUUUUAUAAAAUAAAGCCAAAUAUCAAACACUGU